UCUGCUCAGCGCAAGAAUUCGAACCAGACCCGCCUGUGUUUCUGUGGCAUAUUGAUCGGUGUCAGUUACUGUGGUAAAGAUGAACCAGUGCGUCCAGAAGCCUUAAGAAAUUGUAUUCUAUUGCUCUGAAGUUAACACAGUAUGUUUGUAGGCAGGGUUUGUUGAUAUAAACUUUUAUACAAGUAAAAUGGUGUUCAUGAAAUGGAGAAGUGCGGGGGAGUGGAGGUAAAUUUCCGUGAGACUUUGGUGUCAUCAAUAGAUGGAGGGUCGUGAACAAGCGUCUUCGUAAAAGCUUGCUGGGUCUCGAGCCGAGAAUCCCGAUACAUACACUGUCUGCACGGUUCCCACGCGGCAACAUGACCAGACAUCUGCUACUGUUGUUCCUUGUCUGUGCAAGUUUUCUGGUACAUGAUGUCUCAGGCAGAGGUCGCAAAGAUAAAGACAAGAACAAGAAUUCCCACUCUAGGAAUACUGAGAACCUGUGUGAAAUCCAGGAUCCUAACCGGACAAUAGAUUGCUUCUGUGACAAAGUGGAAUAUCAGAAUGCCACAGACAGUACCUGCUGGAUCUUCAACGGACUACAACAGGAUGACGCAGUUUGGGAUUACUUUAUGUCUCAAAGUAACAUGGAGAGACUCAAAUUUAAUAUCCGGCCUGAUGGGAACCUGAGAUUUGUCCCCACCAGAGCGCUCUCCCACCUUCAUCGCCUACUGGAGUUGAAGAUUCAGUAUGCCAACAUUCCAGAAUUAGUUCCCUACGCGUUUGCAAACCUCUCUUCUCUGCGGGAAAUUUCGGUGAUAAGGAACCAGAUUGUUGAUCUGAAACCACACGCAUUUUCGAAGCUCUCGAACCUGAGCCAGAUAACUCUGGAUGAGAACAGAAUAGCCGAGCUUCAUCGUGAUGUCUUCGUCGGUCUGCCGCAGCUGAAGAAGUUGUACAUCGGCCGUAAUAAUUUGAGUGUGCUUCAUGAUCGAGCGUUCUCGCACCUGCACAGGUUGGAGGAACUUGAACUGAACGGAAAUCAGUUGCCUGUUGUAACCCGUGAAACUUUCACGGGGUUAAAAUCGCUUAAGAUAUUGAACCUUCAAGAAAACAGAAUACGCAUGUUGGGAGAUUACACUUUCACUGAGGUUCCGAACCUUGUGGAGUUAAACGUGGACCAUAACAUCCUUCAGUACAUUAGUGACAGGGCUUUCCAAGGAUUGUCACGCCUGAAUCGUUUGACUUUGGCCGAGAAUCGACUUACUGCUCUUGGUAGUGACGUCCUGAGAGGGGUGCCCAACAUCCACUUCUUGGAUCUCCGUGAUAAUUCUCUUCGUACGCUCACCUUUGACACUGUGAACCCCAUCAUGGAGAAUCUGAAGAAUGUGACCUCGUACUUCUUUGUCGAAGGUAACAGCUUCAUGUGCGACUGUCGGCUGUCCUGGAUGUACUUACUGAGGAAUGAGACACCCAGUGAGCAGAUCCUUAACAGCUUGGACGAACUGACAUGUCGGUUGGGACCUGAGGUUGGCGACUACCAGGACCAUGAUGCCAGCGACCUGAUGUACACCACAGAACAUCCUCACAUCAACAGCCGAGGGUACGGGGAGGACCUGGCCACUGGUUACGGCCACGACAGCGAUGGACGUCGUGGACAACCGGAUGCUCCAACACUUGAGCCGAGGAACUUGAAACACCUGUUCGACAUCCCACAGGAACAACUGCCUUGUCCCGAGGACCUGCAGUUAGAAGCCCAUCCAACAUUCCCCUUUGAGUUCAAUUCAGAAUUUGGACAAGGACGUGAAAUGAAUGCUGGUGUUGAAGCCCAAGUCAUAUCCUCUCUGUUUAUCUUUAACUUUGUUUUAAUGCUGGUCACGUGAGGGAACUAUAUUAGAUUAUUGUGGGGUGAUAUGCAGAUUUAAGCUCUUUAAAAGUAUUUGUGAUUUUCAUUGUAAGAGUGUUUGUGUUGUAAUUAUUUUCUCUUGUGAAGAGACUCUUGAGUAGAUGCCGAAGUAUUGUGCGAAUUCGGCUGCUUGUUUCAUCACUGUUUCUGCUUCUUGACAUCACCAAAAACAUGUUUAAAAUACUCAGACACACACACAAAAUUAAUUAAUUUUCAUCCAGAAAUAUUUCACGAAAUUUCCGUGGCAUAGUUUCCAUUUUCCGAUUGUAAGAAAGAUGUAUAUUCAUUUUGGUUUUUCAAUUAUUCCAUCAUCCACGGGACAUAUUCUCUGAAAAUAGAUCGUCAUUUGAACAAUGGCACAUGAUACACGUCCUCAUAUAUCUAACUCGACAGAAUGUGUUUCUCUCCUGUCUUGAACUAAUCGUGGCUAAUUUCAGGGUUUCUCUUCUCCCUCGGCAACGAAAAGCCAAGUCAAGUCACUAGCACAUUGAACCUUCACACAAUUCCAUGAGAGUUUCUGUCUGUUUAAAACGAAGUUCUACAUUAAUGUGAGACACAACAGGGCUGGGUGGCACUGGCUUUGUCUUAAGUUGUUACUGCUUGGAUAUUAAUACUGGUCGCAUAAUUAUUGGUCGAUUUGCCCAACGCCAAAAUUGGCGCAGGAACUUCAUGGAGACAAUCAGUACACCUUGCGUUAAAAUUAUGUUUUUUAUUAAGGCGUUGUCCAUUUUAUCUCUGGUCCUAAGUAUUUCUGCUCUGGUGUUCAAGCUCAUGACACAAAUCCUUGCUGACUUCCACGGAACCGAGCGGGUUAGUUUAGCAUUGACGCUCAUCACUUGAAGCCUGAAGUGCUUGGUGUGAGCCUGGGAGAGGACACUCGAUACCCUAACUGAAAACUUUCAUAAUUUUCCCAGCGCCUCCAGGUAAUUAUGGGUUAAUAUCUUGAUUAAGCCAUUAGAGUUCCUUUCCAUGUCCUUUCCAGUUCAACGUUUAGCAACCAUACUGCCGCUUGUUACUGUAUGCAUACUGACAGAGGCGUAAGGUAACUCACAAACAGAAAAUAAAGGGGUAAUAUUUCGCCCUUCUUAGGGUUUUAUGAGCUCCCUUGUUUGAGCUUACAAAGCACCAUUUCUCCAGUUUACAAAACCACUGACAACAAGAAGGACACAAUGUCUGUCACAGCAACUAGUGCACAGAAUAUUGAUGUCCAUUAGAAACUUGCAAAAGGCCAGACGUGUACACAUCUUUAUAAACAUCUUGCACUGGGAUCCACCCUUAUCAGUUUGUGUGCUUACGUCACUGCCUACUAAUUUUAGUUGCAUUUACACUCAGUAGUUAAUAUUGCCAUUUGUAUUUUUUUAUUGCUAGUGGGGUGGGACUAAGUCCCUUGUACUGCGGCCACUUCCGGCCUAUUG